AUGCAAGCACCAGUUGUGUUUAUGAACACCUCUUCUGAGAGGCAAACGGGUCGUCAAGCUCAAAUAUCAAAUAUCACAGCUGCUAAAGCAGUUUCAGAUAUCAUUAGAACAUGUCUUGGUCCAAAAGCUAUGUUAAAGAUGUUAUUAGAUCCAAUGGGUGGUAUUGUCUUGACUAAUGAUGGACAUGCCAUUUUAAGAGAAAUUGAUGUUGCCCAUCCAGCUGCUAAAUCAAUGAUUGAAUUGAGUAGAACUCAAGAUGAAGAAGUUGGUGAUGGUACAACCACUGUUAUAAUAUUAGCUGGUGAAAUUUUAGCUCAAACAUUCCCAUACAUUGAAAAAAACAUUCAUCCAGUCAUUAUUAUCCAAGCUUUAAAACAAGCUUUAAGUGAUGCCUUGGAAAUUAUUCAUCAAGUUUCAAGACCAAUUGAUAUUGAAAAUGAACCUGCAAUGAUUAAAUUGAUUAGUGCAUCAAUUGGUACUAAAUAUAUUAGUAAAUGGUCAGAUUUGAUGUGUUCAUUAGCUUUAAAAGCUGUCAAGACUGUAUUAAUUGAUGAUGGUUAUGGUCAUAAAGAAAUUGAUACUAAAAGAUAUGUUCGUAUUGAAAAACUUCCAGGUGGUGAAAUUGAGGAUAGUGAAGUUUUACAAGGUGUGUUAUUAAACAAAGAUGUUACACAUCCAAAGAUGAAGAGAUAUAUAGAAAAUCCAAGAAUUAUAUUAUUGGAUUGUCCUUUAGAAUAUAAAAAAGGUGAAUCACAAACAAAUAUUGAAAUUACUAAAGAGGAAGAUUGGAGUAGAAUUUUACAAAUUGAAGAAGAUCAAGUUAAACAAUUGUGUGAAACUAUUUUAAAUUUCAAACCAGAUUUAGUUAUAACUGAAAAAGGUGUUUCAGAUUUAGCACAACAUUAUUUAUUAAAAGGUGGUGUUACUGCAUUAAGAAGAGUUAAAAAAUCUGAUAAUAACCGUAUAUCAAGAGCUACAGGUGCCACUAUUGUUAAUAGAGUUGAAGAUUUACGUGAAUCAGAUGUUGGUACAAAUUGUGGAUUAUUUAAAGUUGAACAAAUUGGAGAUGAAUAUUUUUCAUUUUUAACAAAAUGUUCAAAUCCAUUAGCUUGUACAGUUAUGUUACGUGGUCCAUCAAAAGAUAUUUUAAAUGAAAUUGAAAGAAAUUUACAAGAUGCAAUGGCUGUUACACGUAAUGUUAUUUUUGAACCAAGUUUAUCACCAGGUGGAGGUGCCACUGAAAUGGCCGUUUCAGUUAAAUUAUCUGAAAAGGCUAAAACUAUUGAAGGAGUUCAACAAUGGCCAUAUCAAGCCGUUGCAGAUGCUUUUGAAGUUAUUCCAAGAACUCUUAUACAAAAUGCUGGUGGUAAUCCAAUCCGUAUAUUGUCUCAAUUAAGAGCAAAACAUGCUAAAGGUGAUUAUACAUUUGGUAUUGAUGGUGAUAAAGGUAAAGUUGUUGAUAUGAAUUCUUAUGGUAUUUGGGAACCAGAAGUUAUUAAACAACAAAGUAUCAAGACUGCUAUUGAAAGUGCAUGUUUGUUGUUAAGAGUUGAUGAUAUUGUUAGUGGUGUUCGUAAACAAGAAUAA